GGGAUGGGGGGUCCAUUCUCCCUAAUACGGUUGUGGGGUGGACACACAUAUGCGCACCCUCCCCUUCCAAACCUGGACCCAGGUUUUCUUCGAAGAACGGGGCAGUAACGAGUUGUGCGAGGAACGUCGUUACUCCUUGCAGGCAACGCGGGUGGAACGAAAUUACAUUUCAAAAAGAAAAAUUUGUCGAGUUUUUAACCUAACAUGUUCCUUUUUUUUGUAGUGCUCUGGGGAGCGCUGGCUGGUGGCUCUCCUGUUAUGUGGUCAGGCAGCAAGUCCCAUCAUCCCCUGCCCAGCAUAGCCCAUGGGGAGGCGAGUGCAAAAGGUUUUGCCCAACGGCUAGGUUUUUCCUCCUGGAGAGGAAGCCAUGGCAGAGCGCGGGGCUCACCUCGCUGCGGCCUCCGGCUACGAGGACAGGCCUUCCAUCUUCGAGGUGGUGGCCCAAGAUAGUCUGAUGUCGGCGGUGAGGCCCGCCCUUCAACACGUGGCCAAGGUCCUGGCGGAGUCGAACCCUGGGCGUUACGGCUUCCUCUGGCGCUGGUUUGACGAACUCUACACCCUCCUGGAUCUGUUCCUCCAGCAGUACUACCUCUCCCGGUGCAGCGCCUCUUUCUCUGAAAACUUUUACGGCUUGAAGAGGGUGGUCCUGAGAAGCCACCGCAGCCGCCCGCCACAGGUGCGUCUGGCCACGGCCGGCCUGCCUCAGAGGCACCACUGGAGGUCGCUCGGCUUGCUGGUCCUUGUGCCUUACCUGCGAACCAAACUGGAGAAACUGGUCGCCCGUCUCCGGGAUGAGGACGACUACUCCAUCCACCUCCCCUCGUCCUCUUGGAAGAGGUUUUACAAGGCAUUCCUGGCAGCCUACCCCUAUGUGAACCUGGCCUGGGAAGGCUGGAUCUUGGGCCAGCAGCUGGGCUACAUCCUGGGGAAGGCCCGGCACCAUUCCCCCCUGUUGCGCUUGGCAGGCGUGCAGCUGAGCCGGCUGACGGCAGAAGAUCUGCGGGCCAUGGAGGAGAAAUUGACCACCACCGGUUCAGUCUCGCGGUCCCCCAGCAGCGUCAAAGAAUGGGCUCGGUCCACCACAAAGAAAGCCCUGGGCGGCCUGGCCUUCUCUCUGUCCACCGGCCUCUCCGUGGGGGUCUUCUUCCUCCAGUUCUUGGAAUGGUGGCAUUCCUCCGAAAACCAGGAGGCCGUCAAGUUGCUGACCGCCCUGCCCGCCCCGCCACCCCCCAUCCACCUGGACCACGAGACGGACUCCUCCCCUCUCCUGCCCAGGCUCAAGACCAUCUGCCCGCUGUGCCGCAGGAUUCGCACCAAUGACACCGCCCUCUCCACCUCUGGCUUCGUCUUCUGCUACCGAUGCGCCUACACGUACGUCAAGAGUCACCAGCGGUGCCCCGUCACCGGUUACGCCACUGAACUUCAACACUUGGUGAAAUUAUACACCCCUGAAAACUGACGGGCACCUCCGGCUUCCUUGGUCUUGAUGUGCGGAAGCCACGUGCCUGCCAGUGGCACACGGCCAGUUUGGUGAUGAGAUUAAGGCAGCAGCGUCCGGCCAUUUUCACCCCUUCUGCCAGCAGAUCACCUCUGUUCUGAAACUCACCCCUGUUCCAGAUCAACCCACCUAUUUCUUUUCCUAAAUGGGGGGAAACCAAAAAAAAAUAAGCUCUCUCUCCCCCCCCCACCGCACACUUAAUUUGAUCCCAUGUAAUUACAUCCUGUGAAGCCAUUUCCAAUGUGGGGUGACCCUUUAAAUCCAGCAGGGCCAUUUCUCAUAUGUUUCUAUGGACCGUUUUUAAAAUGGGAGGGAGAAACCAGAAGGUCAAAUCAGGUCACAGGCUGCCCUUGGCGAGUGCCGAUUUGCAAGUUGAUCCUCGCAUUCGUAGCUGCUUUGAUAACAUGAUCAGCGUAACAGCAGCGUAAACCUAGUGUAGGAUUCCAGCCCUUGAAGGAAAGGCUGGGGAAUAAAUAUCACAAAGAAUGUGAUUUUUGUACUAGAGUCUCAAUCAGCUACUUUUUUUCCUGCUCCACAGCUGCUGAGAAAACGUUUUCUGGGUGAGCCAGCUACUGUUCAUGCGGCGGGGGGUUGCAUGUAAGGUGGCUCUAGGAAUUUUAUGUCCCAGGGUGUUGGAAAAGACACCGCAAGGAUGAAGGCAUUUCUUUUAGGGCUCUGCCACCUUCAAAUGCAUCCCGCAAGAUGAAAAUGCAGAGAGCAGGCAAAAGGCGAGGGACUUUGCUCCCCGAUGCUGCUACCUGAAAGACAGACAUUCUUGAAAUGUAGACUUACUUCAGAACACUAAGAAUUUCUGGGCUCCCUAGGGUGGCCAGUGAAGAAAGACUAAAGGGGAGAAGUCCGGUCUCAGAAAGUGUGACAUGCAGAAAGGCAGACUACGUAACGGGAAACAGAAAACUGAGACUGUUACAGCCAGGCGUUCCAGGUGGAAUGUGAGAAGGGGAGGAAAGAGGAGAAAAAUCUUAGAGAAUGGUUUGGGUGCUGCAAAGCUGUGUUCUUUAGAUCUGCUACUGCAAACUCAAGAGAGCUAGGAUGAUGGUCCAAAGCACAGGAGGAGAAAAAGAGCCAGCUCCCUUUUUUACUGACCCGUCCUCCUCUGCUAAUCCUGUCAAGACGGGACAGAGGUAAUCUUUUCUAAAAUCCCAAUCCACAAAGAAAUGAAAAGGCAUGUUCUUCCCCACUUUUCUGAUUAUAACUGAGCCACGUCUUUGUGUCAAUACAGCACCAUCAAUACUUACGUAUUAAUUCCCGUGGACUUAUUGGCAACGGUUGUGGAAACUCCAUCAUUCCACAAAAGGCUCCUUUGGUGAUUCAAUUUUACCUAGUGUUAUGCAGAAGGGUGGCGGC